UCAGUCGUGCGUAAGCGUUCAAUGGUUUAAAUAAUUACUCGGACCUUCUCGUAUAUCGUAAUGGACUUGGCACCAUACAACCAUUGACUUUUUAAUGCAGUUCAUCAUUUGCGGACGGUGCUGACAGUUUGAUUUCUUAAGCGCCAACUUAAAUUUAGAUGAAAUUCGGGAAAAAGCAGUUUAGAUUUGAAAAAAACUGUAUUUGAUUUAAAAAAUAAUUCAUUGAACAAUAAAAUAAAAAUAAAAGAAAUAUUUUAAAGUGCCUGGAAGUGCGACAAAAUGACACCAACGAUAAAUAAAGGUCCUCCCUUUGGCAUGCGGCAUGUGCAAGUCUUGCUAAUAUUCCUGAAUAUUACGUUCUUAUAUUUUGCCCGCUUAAAUGUUUCGGUGUCUGUGGUGGCCAUGACAAAUGCCAAUACAACGAAUCCAAAUUUUCCGGAAUACGAUUGGAAUGAAAAGCAGAAAUCAUACGUCUUAUCGAGCUUCUAUUGGGGCUAUGUGAUAACACAGUUUCCGGGUGGUUAUUUGAGUCAUUGUUUUGGCUCCAAAAUAGUAAUAUUCUUUUCAACUUUUUUCUCUGCACUCUGCGGUAUUUCAACACCAUGGUUCGUCUCUUUCGGUAGUUGGAAAGCAUAUUGCGCCAUACGCUUGGCAAUGGGUCUAUCGCAAGGCGUCUUGUUUCCGGCUAUACAUCAGCAUAUCGGGAAAUGGGCACCAAAUAGCGAACGCAAUCUUUUGGGUGGACUUAGUCAUUCAGGCUGCGAUAGUGGUGUUGUGAUAGCUAUGGGUCUUAGUGGCUUCAUAGCUAGCAGCUCACUUGGUUGGCCUGGCAUAUCUUAUAUAUCAGCCGUCAUUUGCUUUGCUUGGUGUUUAAUUUGGAUAUUUUUUGGUUUUGAUAAUGCGCCUUCAGCACGUUUUAUAACACCUGAAGAAUGCCAGUACAUUGAAUCGGACUUAAAACAUGCAAGUAAUUUCCAUAAAAAGAAUAUUCCUGUACCAUGGGCGGCUUUCUUUACUUCAGUGCCUUUCCUAAGUCUUCUGGUGACGCGUUGUGCACAAGUUUGGGCAUUUUCAACACUGCAAACCGAGUUGCCUUCGUAUAUGGCUGGUGUAAUGAAUAUGAAUAUAAAGAGUAAUGCCCUCUACUCUUCAGUACCCUAUGUUGUAAUGUGGAUACUGUCAUAUAUUUAUCUCUUUUUUAUGAAUCUUUUGCUUGGCAAGCAAUUAGCAACACUGACAGUUUUACGUAAAACAGUAAAUACAAUUGCAUUUUGGACACCAGCAGCUAUGCUUGUCGGCAUAAGUUACCUGGGCGAAGAGCAACAAACACUAGGGAUCGUGCUUAUAACCUCAGCUAUAGGCAUAAAUGCGGGAGCGACAAUUGGUUCCACAUUGAAUACGAUCGAUUUAACACCUAAUCAUGCAGGUAUUUUGAUGGGCAUUACCAAUACGAUUGCAAACUUUGUGCCAAUUCUAACACCACUACUUGUUGGGGUUGUUGUAACGGACGAGCACAAUCGCUCACUUUGGCGCAUCGUCUUCAUUAUAUCAGCGGCAGUUUUAUUUAUUGGUAACUUAGUUUUUAUUUUGGGUGGAUCUGCCGAAACCCAACCAUGGGACGCACCUGACUUUCUGACUCGUAAUAAUGCAGAUGCUAAGACAUAUAGUGAUCCAAAGCCUGAAAGGAGUAAAAGAAAAUUUUCUGAGGAAUCGCAUAUUCUGACAAUAGCCGAAGAAAAGAAAAAUGGUACAUUGACUUUGGAUAAUUUACAUGCAGAUAAAAUCACUGGCCGGGAACAGUUUAAUGGCAUUUGUAACAACGCAUUUGAGUUGAUUACAUCAGAAGAAUUGAAGGGUGAAAAAGCAACGACUGAGGCAAUGAAAAACUCUAAAGCAAACAGAGAUGGGGGAAUGGAUACUACGAAACUCUAAAGGUAGAAAUUAGAAAUGUACGAAGAAGUACGUAUAGAAAACAUGAAUGAAACGAUGGAAUAAAAAUAAAAGGUCACACAAAAACUUGCAAAACAAUCUAUGCACAGAUUUAUUUUAGAAACAGAUUGAAGUAAAAUUUAAUUAAAAAAAACACGAUGUGACGAGUUUCGAAUCGCCCAUAAUAAGCAAACUAUAGAAACCGAGUCACAUGCAAUACUAAAAUAGGUUGCGUGCGAAAAUAAUGAGAAAACGAGUGAAAUUUAAUAUAGAAAAAGAGGAGAGUGUAAUUUCGUUUAGCAGUGGCAAAUUUCUUGCCUCUCAUAUUAAAUGAGGAAAGUGAAAGCGAGUCAUAAAUUAAAGUUA